AAAACCCAAAUUCAGUACUGGAUUUGAAGCUGCUCUCUUUCUCUUUCUCUUUCUCCUCCCGUUAUCUCUCUGAACCGAAGCUAUGGAAACCCUACUUAUUGACUGUGUCCAGAGCAGUCUUCGUCAUUUCAUGCACCGAAACGCCAUUUUUCUCUGCGAGCGCUUAUGUGCAGAGUUUCCAUCAGAGUUUAAUUUGCAAUUAUUGGCUAGUUGUUACUUGCACAACAAUCAGGCUUACUGUGUAUACCAUAUAUUGAAAGGAACAAAGAUGGCUCAAUCCCGCUACUUGUUUGCAAUAGCAUGCUUUCAGAUGGAUCUUCUUAGUGAAGCUGAAGCAGCACUUUGCCCUGCUAAUGAACCUAAUGCAGAGGUUCCAAAUGGUGCGGCUGGUCAUUACCUUCUUGGGCUCAUUUAUAGAUACACUGAUAGAAGAAAAAGUGCAGUUGACCACUUCAAGCUGGCUUUGUCAAUGGACCCCUUGUUGUGGGCUGCGUAUGAAGAGCUGUGUAUAUUAGGUGCUGCAGAAGAAGCAAAUGGAGUUUUUGGGGAAGCUGCUGCGCUUUGCAUUCAAAAGAAACAUCUACAUUGUGAAUCAGGAUUGCAAAACUUGCAAACUUCUGGUGAUGAUAUAGUGGUUCCUAGUAGAAACUUGGGCCCUGAAGAUGUAAGCCCAAGGCAAUCAAAACAUUCUCUUGGGAGCAAUCUUAGAGAUAUACCUGGAAAUUACCAUGGAGCAGGUCUAUCUGGGGCUUCUGCUAGCCAACCUCUCAAUGGUGGUUCUUCUAAUGCGUUGCUAUAUAAUACUCCUUCUCCAGUGACAUCACAGUCGUCCAGUGUUGGUCCACCACCUCUAUGUAGAAAUGUGCAGCUAAAUCUGGGCAUGUUGGGUGGGGAUAGCUCUUCAAGAUCAACUUCAAAUGCUCCUGUUCAAGCCCCCCGAAGAAAGUUCAUGGAUGAAGGGAAACUACGAAAGAAUUCCCAUCCAUCCUCUGCUCGUGUUCGUUGCUCUCAGGUUUCAGGGAGGUUGUUUUCUGAAUCUGGGCUUAGACGAAGUACAAGGCUUUCUGGAGAAACGGCAGCCACCUCAAACUCUAACAUCAUGCAGGCUGGAGCAAAUGGACCCAAUCAUUCCUCCUCGAAAUAUGUUGGAGGAAUUUCAUCAUCAUCAUCGAAAUUGAGUUCUGCAAGUCUUCGUUCUGUGACUGUUCGGAAGGGACAAUCCUGGUCUAAUGAAAGUUUUGAUGAAGGUAGACGAUCAGAGGCUUUUUCUGAUGCUCGCUCGGAUAAUACAGCAACAACAUCUUCUAGUGCAUUUCCCUUGGUGGACGAUAGAUCUCUUGAACGGGAGCAAAAAAGCAUGUUGAUGGGUGGGGCUAUCACAAAUGGUUUGUCAGUUGCAAGUGGUGUCUCAGAGCUACUUGCCCUCCUGAGGACUCUUGGAGAAGGCUACAGGCUUUCCUGUAUGUAUAGGUGCCAGGAUGCUUUGGAUGUUUUUUUGAACCUUUCUCACAAGCAGUAUAAUACAGGAUGGGUACUUUCCCAGGUUGGAAAAGCGUAUUUUGAGCUGGUGGAUUAUCUAGAAGCUGAUCAAGCCUUUACUCUUGCUCGCCGAGCAUCACCUUAUAGUCUAGAAGGAAUGGAUAUAUACUCUACUGUUCUUUAUCAUUUGAAGGAAGAUAUGAAGCUAAGCUACCUGGCUCAAGAGCUGAUUUCAAUUGAUCGUUUAGCUCCUCAAUCUUGGUUUGCUAUAGGAAACUGCUACAGCUUGCAGAAAGAUCAUGAAACUGCUCUGAAGAAUUUUCAGCGUGCUGUUAAUCUCAACUCAAAAUUUGCAUAUGCUCAUACCCUAUGUGGCCAUGAGUAUGUAGCCUUGGAGGAUUUUGAGAAUGGAAUAAAGAGCUAUCAGAGUGCCCUCAGAAUAGAUGCAAGACACUAUAAUUCGUGGUAUGGUCUCGGGAUGGUAUAUCUUCGCCAGGAGAAGUUUGAGUUUGCUGAGCAUCACUUUCGAAAGGCUUUCCAAAUCAAUCCACGCUCAUCUGUUAUUAUGUGUUAUCUAGGGACUGCUUCACAUGCUUUAAAGAGAAGUGAGGAAGCGUUGAGGAUGAUGGAGAAAGCCAUUUUAGCUGAUGGGAAGAAUCCACUUCCCAUGUAUCAGAAAGCCAGCAUUCUUUAUAGUCUUGAAAAGUUAGAUGAAGCUUUGAAGGUUCUAGAGGAGCUUAAAGAAUAUGCUCCUCGUGAAAGCAGUGUCUAUGCAUUGAUGGGUAAGAUCUAUAAGCGGCUUAACAUGCAUGACAGAGCCAUGCUUCAUUUUGGACUUGCUUUGGAUUUAAAACCAUCUGCAGCUGAUGUUGCUACCAUUAAGGGCUCAUCUGCUUUUCCUGUUCCUCCCAAGGUAUUCCGUUGUAUCUGUUAUUGUUGUGAUCAUCAUCCUUCCGGGAGGUUUGAUUCUCGUGGUACCCGGUGCAUCUUUCCGGGGUACUCUCCCACUCAGAAAGGCUAUCGGUGUUUUCACCCUCCUACUUGGCGUUGUUUUGUGACUAGAGAUGUUUUCUUUCACGAAUCUAUGCCUUACUACACUGCGCUUUAGGGGGAGUCUUCUUCCGCAGUGGAAGAUGUGUCGCCUCUUGAACUUGCUACACCACUAUCUGUCAUCUUUGUCGAUGUUCCUUUCUAGGGGGAGAUUGACACUCCAGCUCAGCCUUAUCCAGGGAUGCGUGUUUAUGGUCGCAGAUAGCGGAUCCAAGCCACUGCACAUCCAACACCUACUCUACCAUGCCAGUCGUCUCCUCUCGAACCUAAUAUAGCCCCCUUAGACCCUGGUAAUUCCCUUUCCUCUUCUGUUGAUAUUCUAGUUGUUUGUGUUAACCCUUCUCUUGAGUUGCCUAUUGCUGUCUGCAAAGGUAGUAGGUCUUGUACUUUACAUCCUAUUGCUAAAACUAUUUCUUAUGACUCACUUUCUCCAUCCUACUAUAGUUUUGUGUCCUUUCUGUCUUUUGUGUCCAUUCCCCAUACUUGGUACAAAGCAAUUGCAGGCUCACAAUGGCAGACAAACUAUAGUUGGCUAGACUUGUUACCAAGGGCUUCACUCAGACUUAUGGGAUUCACAAGUUUAUGAUUCCUACAGGCUACUCUCAAGGAAAUGCCGACCACAGUCUGUUCAUUAAGAGAUCUAGUGAAAAGAUUGCUAUCUUGAUCAUCUAUAUAGAUGAUAUAUUGUUGUUACAGGUGAUGAUCUUGUAGAGAUUUCUCGCCUCAAGAACUGCCAUGAAGAAUUCAAGAUUAAAGAUCUUGGACAACUUCAUUACUUCCUUGGCAUUGAAGUUGCCAGGUCUUCUCGAGGAAUGUACUAGUCUCAGUGAAAGUAUGUGCUUAGCCUUCUCUCUAAAACAGAUAAGUUGGGGUGCAAGUCGGUAGAUACUCCUAUUGAUGCUAAUGGUCACUUGGUUAGUAAGGAAGGUGGUUCCAUAGUCAAGGGGAGAUAUCAGAGAUUAGUUGGGUGUAUGAUCUAUUUUUUUCAUACACGUCCCGAUAUAAUGUAUGUUGUCAGCUUGGUUAGCCAGUACAUGCGUGAUCCUUACUCGUCACACAUGGAAGUUGUGUUGCACAUUCUCCAUUACUUGAAAUCUUCCCUAGGACAUGGCAUCUUUUUUUCUCCUCAUUAUCACCUUCGAGUUGAGGCCUACACGGAUAUUGAUUGGGCAGGUUCUCUUGAUGACCACAGUCUACCAUUGGUUAUGGCACCUUUGUUUAUGGUAAUGUUAUAUGGCGAAGCAAUAAGCAAGCUAUUGUUGCGCGGUCUAAUGAUGAAGCAAAGUUUCGUGCGAUGGGUCAUGGCAUCUGUGAGCUUCUAUGGCUUCAUGGUCUUCUUACAGAUUUGGCUGCCCUUGCUACUCUUCCCAUGAAGCUAUUUUGUGACCACAAAUUUUCCAUCAACAUUUCUCUUACGCCGUCCAGCAUGAUCAAAUCAAACAUGUGAAGAUCGAUUGACAUUUCAUCAAAAAGAAAUUGGAUAUGGGUCUUUUCACUGGGCCUUUUGUUUCCAGUAGGAACAAUUGGCUGAUGUAUUUACUAAAGGUGUUGGUAGUAAGAUGUUUCAUUGUAUUAUCUGCAAGGUGGGCAUAUGUGAUAUCUAUGCACCGGCUUGAGGGGAGUGUUGUAAUAAUGGGUCUUAGUGAUGUUAGAAUCCAAACAGAUCCUUAAGUUCUUAGGGGUCUAUUGGUCCUUGUAAUAUUCUAGAACAUUCUCUACAUUAUUAUAAAUAAAGAGGGCUAGUUGUCAAGUUAAACACAAGCCAAUACUCCAUCCAAAAGUUCUGAUAUAGGAGAAUAACGUAUAAAAAUCGUAGAAUGAUCAGAUGGUCCGAUUCCAUAAUCUAAUAGAAUCCUACUCGGUUAGGGAAACUCGUAAGAGUGUUCGAGAACCAGAAUAGGAGAAUAUUGGAACUUAACAACCAAAGGUCAGAACUAAACCCAAAGCUAGUCGAAGGCUUUGAAUAUCUAGGGGAAUAUUAUAUCAGAGCCAAUCCAAUGUUCGAUCAUCAGUUGAUGAAGCAUCCUAGUAGUGAUGGAAUGUAUGACUGAUAAUCCACAGCAGAAUCCAGAAACUACAAACCAGCAACCGGUUAAUACUCAGAAUCAAAAAAGUUGACAACAGCAGGGAAAUAAUGCAGAGAAUCAGAAUCAUGAAACUGUAAUUAAGAUUAAAUGUCAAAACUGAAAUACAUAAGAACGAAAGUACAAUACUGACUUAAGUUUCAUCAACUUAGAAAAGAAAGAGGAUAAGACCUGGUAAUUACCACCCACCUAGACUGGAACUUACGACCCACAUGUUGAAUUUCCACAAUAGAAUAUUGAUUCACCAUAAAACUUGAGGAAGCAAAGUUUAGAUUUUUUUUUUUUUUUUUUUUAAUUGAUAAAACCAUGGGAGCUCUAUGGCUUUUCAACCUUAAAUAGAAACAAUAAGUGUACUUCCAACAGGAAAGGGAAGUGUACUUGAAAUAGAAAAUCCAUUCAAAAUAGGAAUAAAUGUCACUUAUAACUAACUAGUAAUAAUAGGUGUCCCACAUGAUUAAAAUUAUUUCCAAAGUAGUAAUAGGAUUUCUAUUCGCACAACACUCUAUCCUUAACAUCGAAGAGAACAACAGUUACUUCAUAAAACCAAAAACCCAAUAUAUACAUAUGUAACCCAACCUAAGGCAUAUUUCUAAUAAAACAACCCAAUUUUUUUGUGGAUUUAUUUGCAUAAA